AUGCACUUCACAACCACCGCCGCCCUCACCCUCCUCGCAGCCGUCACGGCUUCCCCUCUCUCACCCCGUCAAGGAGGCGCCUUCGUCGCUGUCGGUCUCAAGUACUCGGGUCCAGGAUGCACGGAUUCGACGCUGAUUAAUGCGGAUCCUAUUUUCGGUAAUGGAAACGUAUGUCAGCCGCUUGACCGUUUUGAUACUGGAGUACCGAUUCGGAGUUAUAGUACGUCGAGGGUUUCAGAGGGUUGUAGUGGUAAGUUUCCA